GAAAACAGGCCAGACGACGCGCGAAGUACAUUUGUUAUGACACUUUCUGACAGUCGAAGUCGUAUAACGUAGUUUACCGGUAAAUAUUUGUAUUGAAUCUUAAAUUCUCCGUACUGUAAACAUAACCUUCUCAGAGGACAUUCGAAGUGACCUUGGAAACAGUGUUGCGGAGAGAUAACCGAUGCUUGCGAGUUAAUAACUUGACAUACUCAUGACGAGAUUAGGAUUGUUCUUGUGUCUCGCAUCGUCAACAACGAAGAGAAGUUUCGCCACACUAAGUACAAUGGAACGGAAAAUAAUAGCUGUCUGUCAACUUACAGCCACGAAUGACAAAGAUAAAAACUUCGAAACCUGUAAAUCUUUAAUCGAAACUGCAAAAGAAAGUCGUGCACAGAUGGUCUUUCUUCCUGAAGCAUGUGAUUUCAUUGGAGAAAGUAAGGAUGAGACAUUUGCAUUGUCAGAGCCUUUUCCAGGCCCAUUGAUGCAGAAGUAUUGUCAGUUGGCCAAAAACAACAAUGUGUGGCUCUCUCUGGGAGGUUUGCAUGAGAAGGUGUCACCUACUAAAGUAAGAAAUUCACAUGUUGUGAUAGACAGCUCCGGAAAUGUGGCAGCAAUCUAUAGAAAAACUCAUUUAUUUGAUGUUGAAAUUCCAGAAAAGGGAGUGAGGUUAAAAGAAUCAGAUUAUGUUGAAAGAGGGAAAGAAAUAAUAGCUCCAGUUGAGACACCUGUUGGAAGAGUUGGUCUCGCUAUUGUAUCCUUAAAAUAAACUUUCCAUUGCUAUGAUAUGAGGUUUCCAGAGCUGAGUCUGGUGUUAGCACGACAUGGUGCACAGAUUCUCACGUACCCUUCUGCAUUCACAUUUGAGACUGGAUCUGCUCACUGGGAGACACUCCUACGAGCCCGUGCCAUAGAAUGCCAGUGUUAUGUUGUAGCUGCUGCCCAGACUGGGAGGCAUAACAAGAAGCGGACGUCUUGGGGGCAUGCUAUGGUUGUGGACCCAUGGGGCGUUGUUAUAGCUCAGUGCUAUGAGGGCACUAACAUGGCACUUGCAGAAAUAGACCUGAAGUAUGUGGACAAAGUCAGAACAUCAAUGCCUGUAUGGCAACAUCGAAGACUAGAUCUGUAUCCUGAACUUGUGCCACUGAAAAAUGAGGGUGACAUAGCUAGUGAAAAUACUGUUUAUCAGUUUGGUCAAACAUCGGUUAGUGCAGAUGCUGUUUUUUACAGAACACCCUACACAAUUGCAUUUACCAACAAGAAGUGUGUUUUGCCUGGUCAUGUUCUUGUAGCACCUAUAAGACCAGCAAAGCGAAUACAAGACCUAACUAAACAUGAAAUAUCAGAUUUAUUCAGUGCUGUGCAAAAAGUGCAGAAGUCUGUGGAAAAUGAGUACAAAGCAAACUCGUCCACAAUUACAGUUCAAGAUGGAGUUGAUGCUGGGCAGCAUGUGUUUCAUGUGCAUGUUCAUGUAAUUCCAAGAAGGCCUGGGGAUUUUAAGGAUAACGAUGAAAUAUAUCGUGAGCUGGAAAAGCAUGACAAAGAAGAAACAGGAUGGAGAAGUGAAUCCGAAAUGGCAAAUGAAGCUGCAGCUUUGAGGAGACAUUUUUCACUUUCCUAGUUUGUUCGUUUUGACUGUGUGUAUGUCUAGAUGGUCACUGCUGUUUUAAUAACCUGUUGUGUAUAUUAAUGUAUCUUAAAUGAGAGAGAUAGUAAAAUAAUCUUUACUGAUUC